UCUCGUCUCUCCCCUCACACACGCAAAUUUUGUGACUUACAGAGACGCUUUAAGCUUCGUCCUCUCCUUGGCAUUUGUCUUCAACAUGACCAGAGUAAGAGAUGAAGUGUUUGAAGACGAAGGACCGGCUGUGAACUACUUAGAUGCCAACUAUUUUCAUGCUCCUGCCUCUCAACAUCGUGUGUAUGACCACGUCUCUUCUCCUGCUGAUAACAUAAGGAGAGAUGCUGCUGAGGAUCAAGGGUUGCGUAAGGACCAUCUGGGUCUGGAAGAAUUUUCUGGUUAUAUAUUUAUGUGUAAUGGAAGAACAAAACCAGAAUGCUACCUGCACCGUGUCUUUGGACUUCCCGCUGGAAGAAAGGAAGUUAUAGAGAAGAUUAGGCCAGGCAUGAAGCUAUUUCUAUUUGAUUAUAAUGUGAAGUUUCUUUAUGGGGUAUAUGAAGCAACCACUGCUGGAAAGUUGAACUUGGAAAGAACGGCUUUUGGUGGAAACUUUCCUGCACAGGUGAGAUUCAAAAUUUACAAGGAAUGCCUCCCCUUGCCAGAGAGUGAUUUUAAACAUGCUAUUCAAGAUAACUACAAGAGAGGCUCCAAUAAGUUUAAUACAAUUCUCAAUAGCCAACAAGUAAGCCAUUUGUUAUCACUGUUUCAUCCUAUUACCAUGCAAUCAUCCACCCAAAACGACAGUUCCUAUAUGAAGGAUCAAUUUCAGACCAGUGCAAGGGUGCCUUCUUCAGGCAGUACAUACUUUAGUUCAAUGCAUUCCAGUUACACUCCACAAGUGUUAGUGCCUCAACAUGUUCCACAGGGAGUCCAUCAGCAGUGGGAUAGUAGUGGAUCCACAGGAAACAUGGGUAUUGUCCAUUAUUCUGUGGGUUCACAACCAAUAGUGCCGGCUCAACCUAUGAAGGAUCAGUUUCAGUCCUCAGCAAACCUGCCUUCCAUGAAGGAUCCAAAUGCAGCCUGGGCGUACGGCAGUCUUUCUUCACCAAUGUUGGAGCCUCAGUAUAUUCAACCGAGCGUCCUACACCCACAAUACGUUAGUUAUGGAUACACAACGAACAUGGGCUACUUUUAUCCUGCUGUGCAACCACAAGCUAUGCCAGCUUCAACUCAGACAUAUUAUUCUGCUGAAUUUGGGCAGCAUCACUUGGCUGAAGUAACUGCCCAGCCAGCACCCAAAUCAUAUGAAAGCUAUUACAGGUAUGAGGCUGCACAGGACAGGGUUCCUACUGAUCAACACACAGGCUUCGGGCAUGGUUACAAUCAGUCACCUCUGCAGACGGAUAGGGAAACUAUUUUACAGCAGGAGAAUGCUGCUGAACACCACAAUCUCCACCAAGUGCCUCCAGCCCCACAUGCUCCACCAUCUAUACAACAACAUACCUUCACAUCAUAACAGCCUGGGCUUGCAGCAGGGACAGUUCCGAUGCCGUUGUCGAAUUCCUGAACAGGGGCCAGCCCAACAUAGAGCUGAUAGACAAAUUGUUGAUCUCAAACAUGCUGGAAAUUGAGCAUGAAUCUUUUGCAAAGAAAUGCUUGGUCUUUUUAUGACUUCACCUAUAUUUAGUUUAUGUUGUGAGCUUAAAACAAUAUUCUAGUGAGUUAUAAAUAGUUACUAGGUAGGUAGGAAUGAUACAUUGGUAGUGUUGUAGUAGCUCAGUGUAAAAUGGUCAAGGGCAGCUGUGGCCUUGCUUGCAGAAUGGUCUUUUAAAAAUAGAGCAUUAUUUCAUAUCAUUUUCAAUUAGCA